AUGCUUCCAAUCACCUGCCCACAUUUGCCUCGGCACAUCGAGCCGACGGCCAGCACACCAGCAUUGGUGGCGCUGAUAUUGCUGCUUGGCUACCGCAGCUCGACGCCAGCCACAGCUCGUGGAGUGCUGACCUUCGUCGAUAUUACGACCUCAGGUCUCGGAUUCGAUCUCGACCUAGGCUUGCCAAUGACGACGGGACCACUGAUGGGAUGUGGCAACCAAUACCCUGUUUCUCCCCAGGACUUCCUCUUGACUCCGGCCCUCGUGAAGUCGUCCUCGAGCACAACAGCUUUCGGCUCGACCGCACCGUUUUCUGCAAGUACCAUGCCAGCGUCGUGUCCCUCGUCGUCUACCGCUUCGACCCCCUCAGCACCCGUAACACCCUCGAAUCAAGUCUCCCUGGAGGAUGACACACUGAUGCAACCAAGCUCUCAAGAACCUUAUCGACAGGUCAAGCAGCAGGACAGUAGCUUUGCUACGCCCGACGUUCAUACUAGCUCUGGGAACCUGGUCGGAGCCUUCGACUUUGCUGCGUCUCACUACGCAGGUAACGCAAUGGUGUUCUCGGAUACAUCCCAAGAGAUCAUCUCGGCUUCCAUGGCCACAGCAAGCAAUAGCGCCGCCCCGUCUGGCUACAGUCAUCUCGGCUGCGUUCCCCUCCGACGUACUUCGAGCUCGAAUUCUCGUGCUAUUGCGCCAUCACAGGUCGCUAUGCCCGCUCCCGGCUGGCUUAAUCCUCAGGUAGCUCCUAGCGAGUGGCUAGUCCAAGGCUCAGCCCAGGGUACUCCAACAUCAGCAGAUUUUGUGCGAGUCGACUCGAACGCCUGGCCCGCUUCGACGAUCAAUGGAGCACAAUACGCACAGCACCGAAGUCCCUCCAUGGCAAGCACGGCAUCGACUUCAUCGCAGAGCUUUGCCAACUUUCCGCAGACCAUCUCCCGCUGCUCUGUGUCAUCGACAGGCGAGGUGCCGACUGGCCGAAGACGAUCGCUGACGACGGGUAGCCUGUCGAGCUUGCCUUCUAGCUUGGUCGACCGCGUGCGCGGUCUCGAUGUCGCUCAGCCGCCAUCCCCGGUGAUGCUGUCACACUCUGUUCAGUCCUCACCCGGUCGUGGACCUACAAGGAACUUCAAUUCGUUGCCGAGUCGGAGGGCGCGAGCGUCCGCCUCGCCGCUGCCGAACACGUUCUCUCGUGCGUCCGGCGGCUCCAUCACUCUCAGGGAAAGGCGAUUGUCUCGAGCCAACGCUGCUCCAACCAUGAGCAGUCCGCUCGCAGGUCUGUUCGCUCCGCAAGACGUGCUGAUGCCAGGUCCCGGCGGUGUUGCUUCCACAGCCUCGUCAUCGAUGACCGACUUUCCGUCGGAGUUCAGCACCCUGGUGGGCUCAUCGCUUCCCGCGCCGUGCACCCCUCUGAGCGCCACCUUCCUCAGCACCGACGCGGGCGAAGAUGUGCCGACGGACGAAUCCAGAGCCAAAAUCGCCCUCCACCACCACCGCACCAAGCACCAGCGCAAAAUCCUUAACGACGUCACCACCUCGCUCCAAGGCGCCUUCAAGCACUGUCGACGUCAAUUCGCGGUCGAACUCAACGGCACGCUGGUCGAACAAUCCUCGCUCCUCGUCACCGAGCUAAGCCAGAUGGAGCCCGAUUUUGAAUUUGGUCUGGACGACUCGCACCCGGGCUCCAACGCCGUCGUGAGCGGUGAGACCAAGGAGGCGCGCAAAAACCGCCAGAAGGCGGAGAGCAAGAUGCGCAUGCGACGCAAGGAGAUCGCGCAAUUCGCCGCGCUCACCUCUUUCGCUCGGUUGGCGUAUGUUCAUGUCACCACACACGCGGCGGCGAGCGAGGAUCUGCUGGGAAGAUCCCUAACACAGGUGUUCUGGGAACACAAGCAGGAUUGGUCCACGCUGAUUGCGUUGGAGAAACGACUGUUUCACACCGUACGCAUCGCGCUCGGAUUGCAAGAGUUGGUGGUCAAGAAGCUUGUUGAGGGUCUUUCCGCUUAG